AUGAAGCAAGAUACUACACUCAAGCAUGACGGCGAGCCGAACCCAGUUGACACUACUGGCCUAUGCCUGCUAUCCCUGGAUGGCGGCGGCGUGCGAGGCCUCUCGUCACUAUACAUCCUGAAGAGCAUCAUGGACCGACUAAACCAUGCGCGGGGGCAGAUCAAGCUACCCCCGGUGAAGCCGUGCGAAGUGUUCGACCUUAUCGGGGGCACAAGCACUGGUGGUCUCAUCGCGAUCAUGCUCGGCCGCCUCGAGAUGGAUGUCGAUAAGUGUAUAGAAGCAUACAGCGACCUUGCAGCAGCGGUGUUCCGCGAAAAGCUGAGGUCAUUCCCUAUCAACUUCAAAGGUGAUAUCACGGCCCAGUUCGACUCAGCGAAGCUGGAGAGCGCGAUCCAAAAGGUGGUUGAGGACAGUGGUGUAUCCAAGCGGGAUCUAUUUAAUGACGGCACCGAAUGCCGAUGCAGAACUUUCGUUUGCACCGCCGACCGCCACACAAAGGACAUCGUCCGCCUACGAAGCUAUAGUCUCCCUGACGAGCCAAAUAUCCGCGCGACGAUAUGCCAAGCCGCCCUCGCGACAUCUGCUGCCACAACCUUCUUUGAGCCCGUUAGCAUCGGAGACCGCUCGUUUGCCGAUGGUGCACUAGGCGCAAAUAACCCAGUGGAUGAAGUGGAGGGCGAGGCAUCAAACAUAUGGUGCCCUGAGACGGGAGACCUAAAGCCUCUGGUCAAGUGCUUCAUCUCGAUCGGAACGGGGAAUCCAGGCAAGAAACCGUUCGAGGACAAAAUGGUUAAGUUCCUUGGGCAGACCGUAGUUCAGAUUUCAACCGAGACGGAGAACACGGAGAGGAGAUUCAUAGCGAGAUGGGCAAGGCAUUUCGACGAAAAGCGGUACUUCCGGUUUAACGUCGAGCAGGGGCUGCAGGAAAUUGGGCUUGAGGAGUACAAGAAGAAGGGAUUGAUGGAGGCGGCGACGGAGGGCUACCUUACGCAUAUGGCACAGAAGUUCCGCCUGCGGGACUGCAUUCAGAACAUGAGACUCAAGCAGAACAAGCCUGAGACUUCUUUUGCCGCGGUUAUACAUGAAUAUACCAUCCGUACCAUUAGACGGCAGUCAGUCCACCGCUUUGACGUACCAUUAGAUCUUAUCGCUGUGCCGGUGAUUGAAAAUUUCUUGGGGCGGCAAGACGAACUAGACAAGUUAUGGCAGUAUUUACAGCCGACAAGUUCCCAAUCACGAAAAGUUGCAGUCCUUCAUGGGCUUGGAGGGAUAGGAAAGACGCAGCUAGCGAUUCGCUUCGCACGAGACCACAAGCAAGAUUUCACUGCCAUCUUUUGGCUGAGUGGCAAGGAUCGCGGCACGCUCUUACGAUCUUUGAGUUCUGUCUUUGCCCGUUUACCAGGACAGUCACCGAAUACUGAGGCGGUCAAUGACGAGGAGGUAGAGCAACGAGCCAGGCAUGUACUACGUUGGCUCGCAUUAGAGGGGAACUCACGCUGGCUGAUCAUUUUUGACAACAUCGAUCAAUACUCACCUGUCAAAAGCGCUACUGGUGAUGCAUAUGACAUUGAAAAAUACUUCCCCACAGCCGAUCAUGGUUCUAUCCUCGUUACCUCUCGACUCCAAAGGCUGACAGAGCUAGGGAAGUCUUUUCAGAUCAACAGACUUAACCCUAAGGAUGCAAUUCAGCUACUCUUGCAAAGCAGCUCUCUAUUGGCGAAAAGUACAGCUGGCGAGCUUGCUAGCAAUCCAGAGACCCUUGCGCUUGCUAAUCGUCUAGAUGGACUUCCAUUAGCAAUCGCCAUCGCCGGGGCCUUUAUGCGUGAAACUGGAACUAGCAUCACUGAGUACUUGCAGUAUUACCAAGAGUCUUGGUCCGACCUACAGCUGCAAUCAAAUCCUGAACGCCAGUACCAACAAGGUAACAUGCUGCAAACCUGGAUGAUCUCAUAUCACGAGAUCCAGAAGAGAGACCCGAAUGCAGCGUCGCUGCUAUUGUUACUUGCUCGCUUCGAUAAUCGAGAUAUCUGCACUAUAUCAAGCGAACUCGCGUUCAAAGUUGGUGUCAAGAUUCUCGUCGGAUUCUCUCUGCUUGAGACAAAGGAACAAGACAGAGGCUAUGCUAUACACCCAGUGGUGCAAGACUGGUGCAUUCACCUUGCCAACAGAGACAAAAGUGUGGAUUUAAUCCAGCUCGCCGAACUAGCACUGGUGUCCGUUGGGUACGCUGUCCCCAGUAUAAGUAUCAGAAAUUAUUCCGAGCUUCAGCAACGCCUUAUUCCACACGCGAAUUAUGUACGUCGUGGAGAUUGGUCAGGCGGCAAUAUUGCGAUAUGGGGAGCAUUCCAUGGUUUAGGAAACCUUUAUAGAGAUCAGGGGAAGCUGAAAGAGGCAGAGGAGAUGUACCAGCGAGCACUGGUAGGCUACGAGAAGGCCUUCGGUCCUGAUCAUACGUCCACUCUCAAUACAGUCAACAACCUUGGUCUUCUCUACUCUGAUCAGGGGAAGCUAAAGGAGGCAGAGGAGAUGUACCAGCGAGCACUGGUAGGCUACGAGAAGGCCCUCGGUCCCAAUUAUACGUCUACUCUUAAUACUGUCAACAACCUUGGGAAUCUCUACUCUAAACAGGGGAAGCUGAAGGAGGCAGAGGAGAUGUACCAGCGAGCACUAGUAGGCUACGAGAAGGCACUCGGUCCUGAUCAUACGUCCACUCUCGAUACAGUUAACAACCUUGGAAUUCUCUACUCUAAACAGGGGAAGCUGAAGGAGGCAGAGGAGAUGUACCAGCGAGCACUGGUAGGGUAUGAGAAGGCCCUAGGUCCACAACACAAAACACACACACCCACUCUCAAUACACUCAACAACCUUGGCCUUCUCUACUCUAAGCAGGAGAAGCUAAAGAAUGCAGAGGAGAUGUACCAGCGAGUACUAGUAAGGUAUGAGAAGGCCCUAGGUCCACAACACAAAACACACGCACCCACUCUUAAUACAGUCCACAACCUUGGUCUUCUCUACUCUAAUCAGGGGAAGCUGAAGGAGGCAGAGGAGAUGUACCAGCGAGCACUGGUAGGCAAGGAGAAGGCCCUCGGUCCUGAUCAUACGUCCACUCUCGAUACAGUCAACUACCUUGGUCUUCUCUACUCUAAUCAGGGGAAGCUGAAGGAGGCAGAGGAGAUGUACCAGCGAGCACUAGUAGGGUAUGAGAAGGCCCUAGGUCCACAACACAAAACACACGCACCCACUCUUAAUACAGUCCACAACCUUGGUCUUCUCUACUCUAAUCAGGGGAAGCUGAAGGAGGCAGAGGAGAUGUACCAGCGAGCACUGGUAGGCAAGGAGAAGGCCCUCGGUCCUGAUCAUACGUCCACUCUCGAUACAGUCAACUACCUUGGUCUUCUCUACUCUAAUCAGGGGAAGCUGAAGGAGGCAGAGGAGAUGUACCAGCGAGCACUGGCAGGCUACGAGAAGGCCCUCGGUCCUGAUCAUACUUUCACUCUUGAUACAGUCAACAACCUUGGGAAUCUCUACAAAGAUCAGGGGAAGCGAAAGGAGGCAGAGGAGAUGUACCAGCGAGCACUGUCAGGCUAUUAA